GCUUACUGUUUUGAGUUUAAAUAUAAAAAUAUUUUUAAAAUCAAAAAAAUAUUGUGUUAAUAGAAUCAAUGAAACAUUAAAGCUCCGCUACAAAUUUAAAGCAUCGCUCCUAGAGAACCUGUAAUCUACAUAUCCUGACCUUGGAAUAGGGAGCAGGGAGGAUGCCACAAAAGAAGGACAUUGCCAACUUUGAAGACUUCACAGAAGUACUCCGGGAGUCCGAAGAGAUAUUACAACAAUGUUUCACUCAAUUUGCACUCGAUCAAGUGUUCCUCUCUUUCAACGGUGGAAAAGACUGCACAGUUCUCUUGGAUAUCACAAUAAAUGUUUUAAAGGAAAUUUAUAAACAGGACGAUAUAGCGAAGCGUCUCAAAGUAGUGUACAUGAGAACGAAAGGACCUUUUAGGGAAAUUGAGAGGUUUAUAAAAGAGAUAGAGGCACAUUACGGCAUACAACUAUCGGUGACCGAAGGCGAGAUGAAGAUGGCGUUGGCAAACGUGUUAGAAGAAGACAAAAGGCUGCGGGCUUGUUUGUUGGGAACGAGACGGACUGACCCCUACAGUGAAACAUUGCAGUUUCUACAGAAAACAGAUCCAUCGUGGCCGCAAGUGUUAAGGGUGUCACCUCUUCUCGACUGGAACUAUCAUCAGAUAUGGUCUUAUAUACUACAAAGGAAUGUGCCUUAUUGUAGCCUCUACGGAAAUGGCUACACAUCGAUAGGUAGCACGCAAAACACCAAUCCAAACCCAUCGUUAGAAUGUCGUACAAACGGUCACAUCACUUACUUGCCCGCUUGGUGCCUGUCGGACGCUGCUCUGGAGCGCGCUGGAAGAUUCACGCCCAGCAAUGGAGCUGCUGCAGAGAACAAAUUCAAUAACUCCAACGGCAGUGACACGUCUUCAUAAGACUCUGUGUUCUUCUUCAUAUGUACCUGCAUAUUGUGUUGCUGCAUGUUCUAUAUACCCUAUAGAUGAUUGCUUGUCUGUGAGUUUCAGUAUAAAAGUGGAAAACAGUUACUUUACAUGAGUGACGGUAAAAAGACAUGUCGCAAAGAUGUCUCAUAUCUGUAGCCAAUGACAUUAAGGCCUAUCGCAGACGACAGACUAUCCGUGACGCUUUUUUUGUCAGUGAUAAUAAAGCCUAAAGAAUUAUAAGCAGUAACGCAUACGAAGCGCAAAUAGUUUGACACACAACAUAUCCUCGACAUUUUAUAAAAUUUGAAGUCGGUUGGUUAGAGCACCGGGACGGUGCUAACCGUUCUAGUACCGCCUCGUUAUAAAAUUCUGUUUGCUUUGUUCAACUCUCAGGUUGUGGCUUCAUCUACAGGAUCUACUUUACCGUUGAUAACCUGCUCAACCUAAAUAUUUGCAUACUAGAAAAUUGACUUGAGAUGUUACUCUUGUAAAUCUAAACAAUGUUAUGUUUUUAAAGUGAUAACCCUCACUUCUAGGAUUUAUACACAAAUAAAAUUUGAAAAACAAAAUUUUAUGAACGAUGCGGGAUUCGAACCCACGACCUCCGGCGUUCCGUGCCGGUGCUCUAACCAACUGAGCUAACCGUUCAAGUACCGCCUCGUUAUAAAAUUCUGUUUGCUUUGUUCAACUCUCAAAUUUUAUUUGUGUAUUAAUCGUAGAAGUGAGGGUUAUCACUUUAAAAACAUAACAUAUUGUUUUGAAAAAAAUGUUUGGAUAUAGUUUUAGAAUUUAAUGUUUAAUAUGAAAAAAUCCCUUUAAUAAUAUUUCUGAAAGAAUAGGAUGAACCCAAAUUUCUCUGUUUCUUCUCUUUUGUAUCAAGUACGAAAUAAUACACCGCAAUCCCUACAGUUCUGCCGACAAAGUGACCGAAAAUGUACGUCAGAUGCGUUGAGUCUGUGAAAUAUCUGCCAAAGACAUUUUGCGUGCAAUGCAGACUUUAGUGUUUCACAGACUCAUAGCACAAAAAGUGUGUCGUCUGAGAUAGGCCUAAGAUGUUCUACCGUCAAAAUAUGGCUUCCGCUUUAUUAGAACUUCACCGACGAUAGGUCAAUUACAUUGUAUUUUACUUUGAUAAUUUAUACGUGCAGAUAGAGCCUUUUGCUGCUCAACAACCGUUCGGUUUAUUACUGACGUGCGUGACGAGCUGCGUCUUACACUCGCGAUAGAGGCUAACUGUCAACACGACGAUGUCACAGCUGUCUCAUUCUAUCUAUAUAAUCUUAUAUAUAAAAUUCUCGUGUCACAAUGUUCGUUCCCGUACUCCUCCGAAACGGCUUGACCGAUUCUCAUGAAAUUUUGUGAGCAUAUUGAGUAGGUCAGAGAAUCGGCCAACAUCUAUUUUUCAUACCCCUAAAUGUUAAGGGUGGUCCACACGAUUUUUUUUUUAAUUUUAUCUGACAUUUUUUUUAAAUUUAUUUGAUUAUGAGUCAGCAUUAAAAAAUACAUACAACUUCAAAUUUUCACCCAUCUACGAUCAACAGUUACUUUUGUAUCACGAUUUUAAUAUCGGCAAUACAACGUUUGCUGGGUCAGCUAAUAGAUGUAUAAAAUUCGAGUAUGAUCUAAGGUCUUUUAUAGGUUGUUAUAAAUUGUCUGUUUCAGACGCAUUGCAAUCGUCCCAUUUAUAUUAAUGCCUAUUUAAUUGCGGUAAAUAUUUCGCUAUACAUUAUAAUAUAGCUUUACUUGUAAAUGAAUGAGUAACCGAUAUAACUAAUGUCAGAUUAGCACAGAAUUCAUUUGUUCGCUCAGUUAGUAAUAUUAUUUUGUUAUGAACGGACAUGAUUCAAGAUUAGAAGAAGUGACUACAAAAACACGUCGCUAUAACCUUGCCAGGUUACGUUAUAUCUCUAUACAGCGAGUUAUUAGUUAGUUUUAUAUUUAAGUGUAUACAUUCGCUUAAAUUAAUGAAUACUCAAUAGUGUUAUUUAUUCAAUUUGAGUGAGACAAUAUUACCUUUAAUAAUAUUGGAAUCUACAGCUACUUUUACAUCUAUCACAUUUUAGAAUAAUGUUCGAAAUUAAAUAAAUUUAGGAAUAUUCACGAAUAGGAACAUCAAAUAAGUCUGAUGGAUUACAAAUGAAUAGAAAAUUAUUUCACUCUGGUUAGUGAAUAGUGAAGAGCAAUACGGUUAUAUCCUAUGGCGAUAAUGUUAAUACAAAAUAAUAUUGAAAAAACAGAAUAAUGUACUUAAGCUAUUAUGUUAAAUGUUGAAUUUGCGGCAUUAUUUGUUAAAUUUUGUGUUGUUUUUGAAUGUUGUACUUCUGUAGUAUCGAUCAACUAUGAACAAGCCGCAACAAUUAUUUGACAGCUGACAUCUCGUGCUAGAUUAUGAAACCAAGAUGGAGGCUUUCAAAAUGGCGGCCACGCAUAUUACAAUAAUGUUUUUAAAGUAAAGUAAAAUUCUUUAUAAUAUCUUGUAUGAUAGUGCGGAACCCAUUCUGUACUAACUGACUCGCAGAAGGCGCUGAUAUUUUACCAUGCCGUUAUUUUAUAAUUACUUUUAAUUUUUUUUUAUCAUCGUCAUAUUUUCAGAUAGAGUUUGUUGUGUUGUGUCAAGAUAUUUAGAUUAGCUAUUGUUACUCGUUAGAUGAAUAGAUACCUAACAGAUUGUUCUUGAUGCUGCAUAAAAUAUAAACCAGAUGUGAUUAUUGUGUGUUCAUAUUUAUUUAUGUGUUUAAUUUUUAUUACUUAAUUGAACUAAUGUAAUUAUUUUAGUUUUUUAGGUCUAAAUACUAGCAAAUUUUGAGUGACUUAAUUAUUUAUGUAACUUAACUUACAUAUUUUGAACAAAUACUUACUUCCACAAUAAUACUAGUAUAUUAAUUAUUGGUAUUAGUACCUACCCAUUAUAAUAUUUUUUAAUUCUAUAGAUGAUAUGUAAACUCCUGUGAUAAAUUUUACAGAAUAGUAAUAUAAAUAUCUUAGUACAAUGUAUAGAAAUGUUUUAUUUCGAACUCAAGAAUGUCACAAAAAUGCUAUAUUCGUAUAUAAUCGUCAUGCGUGCUAAGUAGUUUAACUUCAAUAAUCACUUAUUGUAGUAAAAUUGUGGCAAAUGUGAUAUGUUAAUAAAAAAUAAGUAUGUGAUACAAAA